AUGCCGUUCAAAUUUUAUCGAAUGAAUCUUGUUUCUUCUAAAAUUAACUCAAAAGAAAGAGAACUUACCGAGAAACUAAGUUAUGUACUCUCUUACACGAAGCAGCACAUCCCAUCAUCUAAGAAUGAAAAAACGGAAGAUGAUAUCGAUGACUUGGAAACGGAAGAAGAUAUUCAAACUCUGACGGCUUUUCAAAAGUCUGUUGGCUACGUAACACACAGAUGCUCGAUCGUUGGAAUGAUCCCCGCUGUUAAUUCCGAAAGAUACUUGACAAUCGGCAAAAGCGCCCAACGAAGACCACCGCCACUUAUAAAAAGAUCCGAUGUAGAGGCGAUGGGCGAAAGACUCGAUAUGAUCCUAAGCGCGACCGCAAGCGCAAGAUCAUCUACGUGUAGCACAAUGAGUUUCAUGUCAAAUGCCAGCCGUAGAAAACGCUCGAAUUUUUCAUGGACAUCGCACGAACAGAAUGUACGAAAAUUUAUCGAAGACGAGAUGCUUUCCGCGAACUCGCUAACGAAUAUGUCCGUUAGCAAUAAUCAAUCACGAAAAUAUUCAAGAAGAAGGCGACGAAGACUGAAGGAAAUUUAUAGAAGCAUGAAAAAAUACUUUAGUUGCAGGCGGAAAGAUAGCUCUUCAAGCUCUGAGAACAUUUCACCACUUCCUAUCCAAGUCCAAGGAAACGCUGGUAUCAACCUUGCUGAUCUACGAAACCGCCGACAAUCAUACUCUACAAUGCAGAUGAAUAAUUCCCUCAACUGA